CCUCCUUCCCCUCUUGCCUUCUCCUCCCUCCCUCACCAACACCUAGCCCUCCUCGCUCCUCGCUCCUCCUCCACCCCCUUCGCACGCACGCAACCAUGCCCGGAGGACCAGUCACCUUCGACAAGGGUACCGGCCCCAUCACCAAGCCCGCCGGUGUGCGCCAGGCUCUGCCUGCCAUCGGUGUCGCUGCAUUCGCCGCCUUUGGUGGUAUCCUCUUCGGAUACGACACCGGAACAAUUUCCGGUAUUCUCACCAUGCAGGCGUUCCGUAACCAAUACGGAUCUCCUAUGCCCGGAGACCCUUCCAUCGCUGGCGACAUGACCGCUGGCAACUACCUCUCUACGGGCGACACCUCCCUCGUCGUCUCGAUUCUCUCGGCUGGUACUUUUGUUGGUGCCCUCCUCGGUGCUCCCCUCGCCGACAUUCUCGGUCGUCGCUGGGGUCUCCAGGCUGCUCUCGUCAUCUUCGACGUCGGUGUCAUUCUCCAGAUGGUCUCAACUGCUCUCCCCCUCUUCAUCGUAGGCCGUGUCAUCGCUGGUCUCGGUGUCGGUGUCGUCUCCACCAUUGUCCCCAUGUUCCAGUCCGAGACUGCCCCUCGCUGGAUCCGUGGAGCCGUCGUCUCUGGUUACCAGUGGUGCAUUACCAUCGGUCUCCUCCUCGCCGCCAUUGUCAACAACUCGACUCAGACCCGCACCGACUCUGGGUCUUACCGCAUCCCCAUCGGUGUCCAGUUCGCCUGGGCCAUCAUCCUCGCCGUCGGUCUCCUCGUCCUUCCCGAGUCGCCUCGAUGGCUCGUCAAGAAGGGCAAGACCGAGCAGGCUGCCAAGGCUCUCGCCCGCCUCAACUCGACUGACGUUGACGACGCCCUGGUCCGCUCUGAGCUCGCCGACAUCCAGACUGCCUACGACUUCGAGCUUGCCAACUCCAAGACGACCUACAUGGCCUGCUUCGCUGGUGGUGAGCGCAAGAUGUGGUUCAGGACCAUGACUGGUACCCUUCUCCAGGGCUGGCAGCAACUCACCGGUAUCAACUUCAUCUUCUACUACGGCACCACCUUCUUCAAGUCGACUGGCGCUGGCGACCCGUACCUCUUCACCAUUGCCUCCAACGUUGUCAACGUCGUCAUGACCAUCCCCUCGUUCUUCCUCAUGGAGCGCGCUGGUCGUAGGUGGCUCCUCGUCGGCGGUGCCUUCUACAUGGCCGUCUGUGAGCUCAUCGUCGCUGCCCUCGGUACCCACUACGGCACCUCGAACCCCGCGGCUCAGAAGGCUCUCGUCGGCUUCGUCUGCCUCUACGUCGCUGGCUUCGCCUGCACUUGGGGCCCUGCCGCUUGGGUCGUCUGCGGUGAGAUCUUCCCCACUGGUAUCCGCGCCAAGGCCAUGUCCCUCUGCACUGCCUCCAACUGGCUCUGGAACUUCGGUAUCGGCUACGCCACCCCUUACCUCGUCGACUCUGGCCCGGGCAAGGCUGGUCUCGCCUCCAAGGUCUUCUGGGUUUGGACUGGUACCUGCUUCCUCGCUGGUGUCUUUGCCUUCUUCACCGUCUACGAGACCAAGGGUCUCUCCCUCGAGGAGGUCGACCAGCUCUACCUCCAGACCAGCCCUCUGCGCUCCAACGCUGUCAACCAGCAGCUCAAGGACGCCCGUACCGACAUCGAGAUCGCUGCCACCCACGGCAAGGUCCUCGACGACGAGGCCGUCAUCGCCGACCGUGCCAAGCACUCGGUCACCGCCGACACCAAGGACGCUUCGUCCCUCGAGGAGAAGAGCAGCCACUAAACGCGGACAGCCUCUCCACCGUGCGCAUCGGUUGAGCAUCGCAUCUUUCACACCCUAGUCGAACCCUCAGUACCCUUGCUGUGCUCCCCAUCCCACCUCCCGCCGAUCCUCACACCCCCUCCUUACUCUACCACACCUCUACGAUUACGAUUUCGCUCGUCUAUUGUCUGUUGUCACAUCAUCCUAUCUAUUGCGAGAGCAGGCCUACGUUGUCGCUCAGCUACGCUACCCAAUGUCAACCACCUUGUCACAUGCACAUCC